CAUUGUCUUGCAUUUUCUUUUCACAGAGGACAGCUGUGACAGAGGGGACACAGAGGAGAUGUGUGAUCACGCAAUUGUCCAGGACAAUCUGUCCAAUUAUCCAGUGCUGAAGGUCUGAAGACCCUCACAUCAAGGAGGGGUACUACUUCCAUGCAGUUAUAAACAACAGCCACAACCACCGUGUGUCCUGUGCGGCAGCCUUGGCUAAGAAAGAUGUCUCAAAAGAGACCACUGAGAAACUGAAGAAACUCUUUGAAGGUGGCCACUCCCCUGCAUCCGUGCACGACACUUUUAAAUACGAUCUUCAGGAGCAGGAGGGGAGUAACUAUUAUUUUGCGGCUGCCGAUCGCUCAGUAUGUCCAGACAGGGACUAUUGCUAUCGGCUGUACAAAAAGCUCUUCAAAGAUGCAUAUGGAGCACCAGAUGGGGAGGAGAUGCUGUCUGAUCUUCAGAAAAGACUGGACAGCUACAACCAGGAGCAGGGAGAUGUGUGUGCGAAGAUGGCCAGGACUGAUGAGGGACAGCUGGUCAUUGCUAUUUGCACUCCACUCAUGAAGAGGGUGCAUGCAAAGGUCAGGCAGAGUGGGGAGAUGUUAUUCAUUGACUCAACUGGAAAUUGUGACUGCCAAAACCACCGGCUCUUUUUGCUGCUCACUCACUCUUCAGUGGGUGGAUUGCCACUUGGGGUGCUCAUCACCACCUCAGAGAGCCAGCCGACCAUCACAGCUGCUCUCCAGCUCUUCAGCACCAUCCUACCUGAAGAUGGCUUCUACGGGCGUCAGGAGAAAGGUCCCCAGGUGAUAAUGACGGAUGAUUGCUUGGCCCUGCGCAACUCUCUGAGAGCCAUCUACUCAGACGCCACCCUUAUCCUGUGUGCUUUCCAUCUUGCACAGGCCACGUGGAGAUGGCUGUGGAGCUCACACCAUGGUCUCCUGAAGGGGCAUCGAUCACAACUGAUGAGAUCUUUCCAGCUGCUGGUGUAUGCGGACACCCCAUCCUCCCUGGCAGAGAACUACCGCAUGCUGAUUGAAGACCCUGUAGCCAAGGGACACCCUGAGUUCAUUAAACACCUGGCAGAUGUUUAUGGAAGGCGGGAGGAGUGGGCCAUCUGUCUUCAGUCGGGGCUCCCUACAAGAGGACAUCACACCAAUAACUAUGCCCAGAGUGCAAUGCGGGUUCUCAAGGACAAGGUCCUCUACCGACUAAAGGCAUACAACAUAACCCAGCUGGUUGACUUUGUCCACACCAGGUUGGAGGCGCAUUACAUCCGCCGACUCACAGAUGUGGCCAACAACCAGGUCAGAGGAGAGGAGCGCACUGCAGGAGCAGUCGAUUGUGGGGCGAUUGUGAAGGAGGAUGAGAUGAACUACAUUGUGCCCAGCUCAACUGGUCCUGAGAGGUACCAUGUCAGUAUGGACAUUGGCUUUUGCUCAUGUCCACAUGGGAUCUCUGGGCAACGUUGCAAGCACCAGGUCGCAGUCGAGAAGAUGUUCGAGCUCCAGGACACCUUUCCUCACACCUCCAUGAUCACUAUGAGGAAACUGUACCACGAGAUAGCCACUGGUGGAAUGGACUUUCCAGAGGACUGGUUUCAGUCAUUGCUGCUACGGCUGUCUUAUGAAGACACAGCAGGAAUCUCAUGUAGCGGACCCACACCUAGUGCUCUGGACCCUGUUGAGAUACAGCCACCCCACUCUCAUGCACUCCCAGAAGGAAUUUCAUGUGGAGGCGAUGCCCACACUGAGUUCUGUGAGGACAUUCCUCCAGAUGACACAUAUUCGGCGCACUAUGCAGACACAUCUGUACUGGAGGACGAGCUGGCACGUGUCACUCACACUCACGCUGAGGGGUGACCCCAGCUUCAUAGCCCCUCUGACAUCAUUCAUUGCGUCCUAUGACAAAAUGACCACGGACAGUGCACUACAAUCAGCCUUUUCAAUAUUUGGAAAGAGCCCAAUGGCCAAGACCACUGGAUACCAAAGGCCGAAGGGGUAUCUCCAGACGACUGCCCAAAUCUCGGUCCAGCCGACAGCAGUGGGGAGGAGGAAGGCGCGCCUGGGAGGUAGAAGGACCUUGCCAUCGGGACGUCCCUCAAAGGCUUCCAGGGAGGACCACCCCUAUAAGAGGACAGGGAGGAAGCCAGCUGCUCCUCACAGCUUGGCUCACUGUGUGGAAGCCAAUAUGUCCCUAGGUGGAACACACUGAUGAAAUAUUAAUAAAAAUUUGAGAGUGCUAAUUUUUUCUACCCUUCUACCCAUGAUUGUGAUGCAGAAGUUGGACUGUAGGCCAUGUUCUAUAUAUAUCCAUGGUGUAGGCUACUAGUUUGACUUCAGAGUCUGAUCUGACAUGAUAUUAUUCAGUUUUGCAAUGCUGUGCGGGCUGAUCUGGUCACCU